CUCUCUCGCACAGCACAGAAGCACGCGCGCACAGAGCCUGAGAGAGUCGUCGGAGAUGGCGGUGCCGGUCGAACCAGUAGAAGAAGAGGCGGUGCCAGCGGAGGUGGCGGGCGCGAUAGCGACCGCGCAGGACGCGGCGGCCGCACUGGUGAUGAUCGGGUUCCAACUGGAGGUGGCCCGGUGGAGGGUGCGUGUGGCACGCAAGACGCUCGUCGAGGCCGCCGAGCUGGUCCGCGAGGACAUCCACGCCACCAAGAUCGUCGUCGCCCACGCGUUCACCGUCGUCCCCACGCUCAAUGGCCGUGACCCGGCGGCCACCCUCGCAGCGUCCGCGAAGCUGGUCGCCAGCGUGUUCUCCGAGAAGCCGGUGCUCCCAGGGGCGAUCGCUGCUGCCAUGGACCUCACCGCCGCCGUGUCCGCCAUCCCGCCGCCGGUCACUGGGCCACUCUGCGACGUGCGGGACCUCCUCAGGGCGGUGUCUGACGAACAUGAUCGCGCCCGCACACUCUUCGCCGACUGCAUCUCUUACCUCGGCCUCGGACAGGAGUACGCGACGUGGCAGGAGUUUAGCCACCGCCGGCGCCACGCCCUUACGCGCUCAGUCGUGGUGGACAUGAGGCUGAACGGCGCCAUCGGCAACGCCGUGCAUUCCGUGCGCAUCCACCGCUCCUGCCAGAUCAAGCCACCGCGCCGAGGGAGGGGCAUGAGGGAGGCCUGGGAGCUCAUGGAGAUCCUGUGCAGUGCCGUCGAAGAGGUGGACGCGGUGCUGGAGGCCAUCCCAAAGAUGCGCGACGCCGUCGCCGCCGAAGAGGAGAUCGUGAGCCAGGCGAUCGACGACGCCACUCCGUGAGUGAGGCGCGAUGCCCAGCCCGAUGAUCCCGCGACACCAUCGCGCCUCCAUCAUCCCCGUGUUCCCAUCGAUCUCGCAACCACGACGUACUGCAACCAGGGUAUAAGAAAGUUGCAGCCAUCGUGCCAACCACAACACCAGAACAAAGAUGAACACUCAACACCUUUAAUUCCUUUUUGUUUACCUGGCAUUUUAAUUCCUUUUUGUUUUCAGAGGAAGCUGUCAACCCUUCCUCAUUUGUACAUCCCUUUAUCUGUACCCCAAUCUUAUUUCACUGUAACAUCAACCCAUUUUGUCAAUGAAAUGGAUACAAGGCAGAGCAUCUUCUACCUUCUUACCUC